GGCGGGUGCUGCUGGCUCCAGUCCCUGAUUUCGCGGAGGCGCUGCGGUUGAGUCACCCCGGGCGGGCACCGGGCGGGGCGGGGACCGGGGACACCCGCGAGGGUCCCGUGCGGGGCCGGGGGCACAGAGACCCCCGCCCGGGCAGGUGGUGGCUGUGUUCCGGGGUGGGGGGACACCCCGUGCGCCGGCGGUAAACAGGAUACGAGCGGCUGCGGCGGGGAGAGGCGGCGGCAUCACCCCGGCCCCGCAGGAUGAGCCGGAGGGAUCGUCCUCAGCGGCCCCGAGGUGCCUCUCCAGAUGUUGGCAUCGCUGGUGCACGCCCGGCACGCUGAGCACCCCGYGUCCCCUCGGGGUGUCCCCCGGCUGUCCCCAGAGCCCGCCAUGGCCCUGGAGCCCGAGGCGCUGCUGGACCUGAGCUUCCUGACGGACGAGGAGCGGAGCUGCAUCGCCGAGGUGCUGCGCCGGGACUGGCAGCUCCGCCGGCGAGAGGAGGGGCGCAUCAGCAAACUCCGCAAGUCGGUGUCGGACCCGGCGCGGCUGCGGAGCCUCACCGGGGACUGGUUCUGCGACGCCCGCGCCCAGCGGCACCGGCCCCAGCUGGGCUCCGACCUGGUCCGAGCCUCCAUCCGCCGCAGGAGGCGGCCCCGGGGAGCGGGGGAGCUGCAGCGCGGCCCCGGUGCGGGUGAGCUGGAGCGCAUCGGGGAGCGGCUGGCCGAGGAGAAGGAGCAGCAGGAGGAGGAGGAGGAGGAGGAGCAGGAGGGGGUGUCACACACGGAGCAGAGUCCCCCCUCGGAGGAGGUGCAGGAGCCCCCGGAGCCCCAGCCCAUCCCUCCUGGCCGGGCCGGGGAGGGGACCCCGGUGCCACCGCCCGUGCUGCAGGGUGACAGCGCAGCGAGGGAGCAGGAGAGCACAGCCCGGCCAGGUGACGGGRGAGGGGGGAACCCCUUCUGCACAUCCAGCACCGAGGAGGAUGAGGAGGAGCCCAACUCUGCACGCAGCAGCCGCGAUGGGGGGCAGAGCCCAGAGACCCCCCAGGCACAGGAGAAGGUCCCCGAACCGCUGUCCCCACAGAACGGGCACCCGGCCCCGAGCCUGAGGAGCACCAGCUCGUCCGUGUCCAGCCUCAGCUCCUCCACGCUGAGCGGGAGCCUGAUGAGCCUGUACAGCGAGGGCGAGCUGGGCAGGGUCCCCGUGCGCGGCUGUGUCCAGUUCUCCCUGCGCUACGAGGCGGCCCGGGAGGAGCUGCAGGUGCACGUUCUGCGCUGCCGGGAGCUGGCCGAGGCCAAGAAGCAGCGCUCGGACCCCUACAUCAAGACGUACCUGCUGCCCGACAAAUCCAACCGCAGCAAGCGCAAGACGGCCGUGAGGAAGAGGAGCUUGGAUCCCGUCUUCAAUGAGACCCUCAAGUACAAACUGGACAAGAGGGACCUGCAGGGCCGGACCCUGAACCUCUCCGUGUGGCACCACGACAGCCUGAGCAGGAACCUGUUCCUGGGCGAGGUGGAGGUGGCAUUGGGCACCUGGGACUGGGCCAACACCCGGCCCGAGUGGUUCAGCCUGCAGCCACGGGUGCCCAUCCCCUCGGACGGCCUCGCCAGCCGGGGCAGCCUCAACCUGGCACUGAAAUUCAUCCCCGCCGGCUCGGAAGGAGCGGGGAUGCCGCCCACGGGAGAGCUGCACAUCUGGGUGAAGGAUGCUCAGAGCCUCAUCCCGCUGCACAGCGGCUCCGUGGAUGCCUUCGUGCAGUGGUGAGGGGGGUGACACC